GUGGACAUAUACACAGAUACCCAUCCUAAACAAUAUUUUUGAUUUUGAUUGAGUAGUGUUACAACAAAAUUCUCAUGCAAAUAGUGAGCAUGUUUCAAAGUUUUAUUUAACUGUUAUAGAGAGUGCCACAAAGAGCUGGUUUUGAGAGGAUUUAAAGAAUAUAUGUAGCCCACAGGGAAAGGAAUGUCUGAACAAAAUUGCCAAGUUAGAUAUAAUUGGUUAAUGUUCUACACAGCAACGAAAUCAUAAUGCCUUUGGGAUUACUCUUUCCUACAAGUCUCAAAAAAUCAUAACCCCUUAUUAAUUCUCCAGUUAAAUCUUAUAGGACUAUAAACCGUGUCUUUAUUAGCAAUGAAUUUUUCAUUAAGUAAACUAUGAUAACGAAGUUCUUUUCCCCUGAGUGUAGAUGAAUUCCAAACAGACUUAUUAGAAAAUACUAGAGCUUUCUAAAUUUGAGAUUAAAAUUUUGUUUUACAAUUGUAAGUACAAACCUGAGUGUGUAAGGAAAGGACAAUAUUGUCAUUAUUAUAGAUGGGGUUUUCCAGGAAAAGAUGAGCAGAAGAGAAUGACUUCAGCUUCCCUGACCGUUUAUAGCGGGACUUUCGGUGGAAGUUAAUGAAUAGUGUCAUGAGUGAGUCCUAGGAAAUGGACCACACAGUAGGGCAUCUGGAAGUCUCUAGUGUGGGCCUCAUACAAGGCACACCUUGUUUUAUUGUGCUUUGCAGAUACUGUCUUUUUGUUUUGUUUUGUUUUUUUUGUUUAAACAGAGUGCCGGUUUGUGGCAACCCUGUGUGGAGCAAGUCUAUCAGCACCAUUUUUCCAACGGCAUUUGUUCACUUCAUGCCUCUGUGUCACAUUUUGAAUACAGAGUUUAAUGAAAAAUCCAUGCUUACGGGGUGAACAUGGCAGGCUUCCUAGAUAACUUCCGUUGGCCAGAAUGUGAAUGUAUUGACUGGAGUGAGAGAAGAAAUGCCGUGGCUUCUGUGGUGGCGGGUGUACUGUUUUUUACAGGUUGGUGGAUAAUGAUUGACGCUGCUGUGGUGUACCCGAAGCCAGAGCAGUUGAACCACGCCUUUCACACAUGUGGCGUGUUUUCCACGUUGGCUUUCUUCAUGAUAAAUGCUGUGUCCAAUGCUCAGGUGAGAGGUGACAGCUAUGAAAGCGGCUGUUUAGGAAGAACAGGUGCUCGUGUUUGGCUGUUCAUUGGUUUCAUGUUGAUGUUUGGGUCACUUAUUGCUUCCAUGUGGAUUCUUUUUGGUGCAUAUGUUACCCAAAACUUACAGGCAAGUUAUCGAGCAGCCAGCACUGACGGGAGCCCCCUCCCUAGCCACAAGCUGCUGCAAGGGCCCAGGUCAUGGCCUCCGGGGCCAGCCAGCUGUCUUCCGUCACCACAGCUGGCAGCGAGGAAGAAGGAGUCACUUUCACUGCGUUCCCAUCAGACAGCACUGGCUUCCUAAGCCCCAUGCCUCCUCGCGACGCUUAGUGAGUUUGGAUGGAAAAGAGCAGCAGCACGUUUGGAGUCCUGGGGAAGCCAGUUUGGUGUCAUCGGCAUCCUGUCCCCUAGUAUGCGAUGGCGUCGGAGAGCCUGGCUCCAGAGAGGCACCCGGACGUAGUGCUGCCUCUGGGUUUGGGCUCUGAGUCCGUCACUAACAUAAGCCGCUGUCUUCGACCAAGAAGGGCCUCUCUGGGCCUGAACCACAGCCAACUCCUGCUUCAGGACGCUCCACCGAUUCUGCCCUGAGGCCAGUUCAGCCUUAGCAGAAUCUGGUCCCCACAGCCAGCCUGCUGGCCCCUGACCAGCUGUCACUAACUCCCUUUUACACAGGGUGGCGUUUAUGAACUUAUGUUCCAGCGGAAUUGAUCUGUCCCCCUUUCUGCUGGGCUCGAACCCUGGCCUGCUUUCUGCUACGUCCUCCUCCCCUCCCAGGGCUCCCCCCACGGUCCAGCAGAGAAAGCCCUCUAUCAGAUGCCCUAAAUGAUCCCAGGUAGGUGUUCAUAGUCUCCAACUUCUUACAGACCCGUCCCUAACAGGUAACGCGGAUCUCUCCCAGGAGGACUUGAGUGGCGUGGGGCCCGUGGAUGGAUGUCCUUUUCUCUCCCGUCACUUGGGGCAGCAAAGGACACGGUGCUUUGGCCUGAGAGCCAAUCCCUCCCCAGUGGCACAGGCCCCAAAUGAGAGAGGGAAGGUGGUCCCAUCAAUUAGUGCUAGAAGCUUCAUAUUCCUACAGUCAGCGUCUCUUCUUCCCAGCGAGGUUGGGCCGCCAGGAGGGUUUCUGGGUAAGGCAGACGUUACGGCAACUUACCACUUUGUGUGUGUGUUGGGGGAUGGGGUGUGAAGCUACACAUCCAUUUCCUAAGUGCGAUGAGUUAUAUAAAUGGAUUUUUAAUCCACAUCCCUUGAACAAAAGAGCCCAUCAAUACUUACAUAAUCGGAAGACGCGCGUGCCCGGUGGGUAUCACUGUCGUCCAUUAGCGAAUUCUCUUUACUACCUACAGGCCUUGGUCAAUAUACGACUCAUCACGAGUGAAAUGCUUAUGCGGCUUCUGAAAGUGCCCUUUAUACGCUCCUAAGGAAUCAUGUGACACACGUAGACAGUUCUCGCUGAGUGACCGUGAGGCCUCAGUAGCUCUACCGGGUAUUAAUUAAGAAAACAAAAGUUUAGAUAUAGUAAUUUUUUUGGAAUGUUUAUUUUUGAGAGAGAGAGAGAGAGAGA